AUGUCUUCCUCCCUCGACGAAGAGGCCAGCAUCUCUAUCCCCAGCCUCGCCUUCGUUGCCGUCCUCGGCUACUUCAUCUAUCGAUAUUUCCUCUCAGGUCCAAGAUCAAGGACAGAUGGCAGCCAGACUUCCUCGUCCCGAAAUACAGGCCUCCGAUUUACCCCGGCCCAAGUCGACCAGAUCGCGCAGAUGUUUCCGCAACUGAACCGUCGCGACAUCAUGUGGGAUCUCCAUCGGAACAGGGGCAGUGUGCAAGCCACCACGGAAAGAGUUCUUAUGGGACGAGGCUUGGACCCGGCACCGCCAUCUUUCCAGCCGCCUGUUUCAUUCCUGACCACGUCGUCCGAGCCUACUUCCCCUCCUUCCACCACAUCGGCCAAGCCGGUGACUCCAGAUCUGAUCACACGAUACAAUCUACAGUCUAAAGUGAACUCCAAAGGGAAAGAAAAAGAGGAAGAUUCCCCGCCGCCUGGAUGGACAAGUAACAAAGAUGCACGGCAAAAGAUGCUCCAGCGACGGAGAGAGGAAAUGAUAUUGGCAGCCAGGAGGAAACUUCAGGAGAAAGAUGCAGUCGGCGCUGCGCCUCCACUAACGUGA